AUGUAUCACAAUUAUAUAGUCUUACUCUCUCUGCUUCUCCAUUGCCUUAAUUAUUGCAAAUAGAGAUUUCAUUCUUAAAUAUUUAGUUUAUAAAAUGGAAUAGAAAUAGGAGAUGUUCUAUUUUCAAAUAAAACUGAUAGACUAAGAAAUUUGAGUGCCAAAAUUAAAAAAAUACUCAACAAAGCUUAAGAUCAAUUUCAAGAGAGACAUUCUAAUAUUCAGUAAGGUUACGUUACAGACUUAAGAUAAUAUUGUAGGAUUGUGACUGCUUGUGAUGAGCAACUGAUAUUAAAUUUGAGUGAUUAUAACUUAAAUUCUAUUGGUGAACUUAUAAAAGUAAACAUUAUCUAUAUUAAAACUCUCUUGCUUAAAAUAACAAGUAAAUCAUUGACAGUCACAAUACUGAUAUACAAAAUCUGAAUUCUUUUGAAAUCAUUGAUUCAGUUACACAAUAACUUAGAGACAAUAUGAGAAGUAACUCUAAAUCCAACUCAAAAAUAAUAUUAUAAAAUUUAUUGUCAAACCAGAAGAACAAAAACACGAGCAACAAUUAGGAACAACAAACCAUAUUAAAUUAUAUCGAUGUUGACUACAUAGAAUAACAAAAUCAAGAAUUAAGAGUACUUAUCGAUAGAACCAUCAAGUAAUAUGAGGACAAGUUAAAAUAAUCGAUAAUCAAAUAUAAAGAAGCUAAACUGAUUCUCAAAGCUCAAAAAAAUGAACUUGAACACCAAUCCACAUUAUUGGAGGCCUAUAAUGAAUUAUUUAAAUAAUAUCAAGACAAUAAACAAGUGCCAACUAUUGCUGAUAAAAAUAAAAGAUUGUCAAUAGAAAGAAACUAGAAAUUUCUAUUUACAAACUUGAAAUUAAGAUCAUCAUCACUUUCAAGAAUAGAUGGAAGAGAUGGUGAUCUUAUGAGAUAUUCAUAUACCAAAGUUGGUGUCAAAUUAUCCAAGAAUUUAAUCCCUACUCAUGAUGUGAUUGAAAAUUUCAAGAAAUAUUAGCAAUCCAAUGAAUUUAAAGAAAAAAUUGCUAAGGUAUGUUCAUAAGUCCAAUUCAAAGUACCUACUGAUGAAUUAUAAAAUGAAUCAAUUUCUCAUGAAAACAGAGUGAUGAUAUUCUCAAAGCUUUGCUAAGUUCUCAAGGAGAAGCAUCAAUUGUGUAAUGUGAUCAUCUUAAUUUUUUAUAUUGAAAAAUAGCAACAUUAAUUAAGUUCAAUCAUCCUAAACAUAGUUAUAAUAGAAUACAUUGAAUACUCUCUAAUUAUCAUACAUCAAAGGAUUUUACUGAGUUGUCUAAUACAAAAUAGAUAGAUGAUGCAUAAUUAAAUGAUUUAUUUUAUGAUAGUUUGCUCUAACAAUAAUUUAUAUCACAAAUAUAAUUUAUGUUAAGGAAAUUGCUUCGAUUCCAAUUUUGCUCUCUACAAGAUUAAAUCAAGAAACAAUAGAAUUCCUACAGCAAUAUCACUGAUAAAAUUAUAUCGUAUGUUGGUAGGGAUUUACAUAAAAUACCCUCACAUCCUCUGGGAAUAAUAAAGAAUAGAAUUGAAACAUUUUUUUAAAAUGAAGCCAUAACAGAGAAGCAAAGCAAGUAUCCUUUGAAGUAUAAAAUUAUUGAUAAUCUUUCUCCAAUCGUAUCAGUAAAGUAGGUAUUAAUGCAAAUCAUUAUAUAGAAUUUUGAUUCUUUAUUAGUGCCUCCUGAUCACCCAAGCAGAAAGAAAAGCGACACUUAUUAUAUUAAUGAGAAUACCUUAUUAAGAUGUCACACUUCUGCUCAUCAAGUGGAAUUAAUAGAAAAUAAUGUUGAUGCAUUUGUUGUGGUAGGAGAUGUUUAUAGAAGAGAUGAAAUCGAUGCCACUCAUUACCCAGUAUUUCAUUAAGUCGAGAUUGUGAGAAUCUUUUAAUAAGAUCAAUUCUCAUCUAAAUAUUUGCAACAUUAAAUACAAGAAUCUAUGGAUGAUCUAAAAGAGACUCUAGAAAGAUUGACUAAACAUCUAUUCGGUGAUGUACAAAUGAGAUGGGUUGAAACCACAUUCCCCUUUACUAAUCCAUCGAUGGAAUUGGAAAUCUACUUUUAAGAUAAAUGGUUGGAAGUACUUGGAUGCGGAGUUAUUCAUUAAGACUUGAUGAAGAAUUGUUAAGUAUUUAUUUAUGUCAAUCCAGAGACUCACUGAAGUGGGAUGGGCAGCAGGCUUGGGAUUAGAAAGAUUAGCACUUCUCCUCUUCCAAAUCCCAGAUAUCAGACUAUUUUGGUCUCAAGAUGCCAGAUUUCUCGAUUAGUUCAGAGCUGGCCAAAUUAAUAAAUUUUAACCCUUCAGCAAAUAUCCAAGUUGUUAUAAAGAUGUUUCCUUUUACGUUGAUCAUAAAACAUGGGAGGAAAAUGAUUUGCACUCAGUUAUUCGAGACAUCGGAGGAGAUCUAAUAGAGAAAGUAGAGUGUGUAGAUACAUUUUACAAUAAGAAGAAGGACCUUACAAGCAAGUGCUAUCGAAUUCAUUAUAGAAGUUUGGAAAGAACACUCUAAAAUGAAGAAAUUGAUGUGUUGCAAUUUAAAAUAAGAGAUUAAAUUAGAGAUGUUUUAAAACUAGAGUUAAGAUGA